AUGUCUGCCGCGACGAGCGACUGGAUUGCCGCCGCCUCGAGCGGCGUCGUCUCGCGCAUCGACGCCGCGCUGCCGGUCCUCCUCGCCUCUGGCCGCGGCGCCGCCGCCGCCGACGGCGAGGGGCUGAGCGCGCUGCACCACGCGGCGGAGCGAGGGCACGCGGCGGCGGCGCGGCGGCUCCUCGCGCUCGGCGUCCCGGUCGAUGUCCGAGGCCGCGGCGGCCACUCGUCGACGCGGCGCGUCCCCGUCGGCCACGAGCAUGUGCCUCUGCGCGACUUCACGCCACUGCACGCCGCAGCGCUCGCCGGGCACUCUGACGUUGUCGUUCUGCUCCUCACGCACGGCGCCGACCCGGACGCUGCGGAUCGGAGCCGGCUGACGGCGCUGCACUGCGCGGCAGCCGCCGGCCGCGCCGCUCCCCGAGCGCUCCGGUCGCUCCUCGAGGCGGGGUGCGGCUGCUGCCUCGACGCUCGCUCGGCCAGCAACGCGACGCCGCUCGACGCACGCGCCGACCAACAAAGAGGCGCUCUCCGCGGCUGCGUGACGGCGGGCGCGGCGCCGCGCGUCGCCCCCGUCCGCUUCGGCCCCGCCCCGUCCUCUGCGCGCGGGGAGCGAGUCUCCUCGCUCAGCGUAUACACCGCCUCGAGCCCGCCCGCGCUGCUUGUCGCCGCGGCGGGGGCGCGCGCGGAGCGGCGAUGCACGGAGCUGGGUCCGCGACGCUUCUCGGAGCCCUUUCCCCCGUAG